CCGAGCGUUUGUUCCAGUACAGCCGGUCGGCGUUGUCUUUCCCUCGUCUCCAACUUCUUCCGUGCCUCCCUCAUUCUCGCCUGUCUCCUCCCACUUUCUCUUACUCACUCGCUUGCCUCCUCACUCCGGUCCGGCAGCUCCCGGAUUUGCUGUUCGUUUCAUCUCGGUGCCCCUGGUUCCCCCAUGGCUGCGAUCAAAGCCCUGCAGCAGUGGUGUAAGAAACAGUGUGAGGGAUAUCGCGACGUGGAGAUCACUAACAUGACCACCUCUUGGCGGGAUGGGCUGGCUUUUUGCGCCAUCCUACACCACUUUAGACCCGAGCUCAUAGAUUUUGAUUCGCUUAAGAAAGAAGAUGUUUAUGAGAACAAUAAGUUGGCUUUCCGCGUGGCGGAGGAGGAGCUGGGCAUCCCGGCACUGUUGGAUGCAGAGGAUAUGGUGGCGCUGAGAGUCCCCGACAGGCUGAGCAUCCUGACCUACGUCUCGCAAUACUAUAAUUUCUUCACAGGCCGGUCACCCAUUGGCGGUAUGGCUCACAUUAAAAGACCUGCAACUGAUUCAAGUGAGGAGCCAGCACAGAAGAAGCUGACGCCUGAGACUAAGCCAAAGCACCCCAAGAAUACACGGACUGACAACCAUGAGCCAGUGCCUCACGCUGCGGCAACCUGUCGGGUCGCAUCGCCGAACAAGGUUCCAGCUCGUGAUACUGGAGACAGAUCAAGCAAGUCAGGGACACUAACCAGUAGCUGUGGCAUCUGCAAAAAAAAUGUUCUCUUGGUUCAACGGUACUUGGUCGAUGGAAAACUUUAUCACAGAAACUGCUUCAGAUGCACGCAGUGUUCCACCAUGCUCAUGGCUGGAGCCUACAAGGCAGGGCCUACGCCAGGGACUUUCAUCUGCAUCACCCACUCAGCCAACCGUGAGAAGAGCAGUCAGCAGUCCACCAGCCCCUCUAAGCAGCUGGACAACAGACCCAGUGAGCCGGCCCCAGCCGUCCACAAGCCUGUGUUCAGCCAUGUGAACGCAUCUGCGGCAGUGAUGCCCAGCAGCAAGCAGCCUGAGUGCCCCAGGGCAGGGCCCGGUCUGGCAGAAGGGACCCAACCUGCAAGGCAGCGCUUCCUGAGCCCGGCGACGCCUGAGAAGGGAUCCGCAGUCAGCCCUCAGCAGUCUCAGGAUGCUGGACGGGGGUGGCGGAAUUCAACAGAAACCACGGUGCAGAAACUGUGGUCACCUGCAAAGCUGGAGCAUGCCAGUGCAGCUGUGAAGAGUCCCACUGCAGCCGUCAAAAUGAGCACUGAAGCGGACAAAGAGAAAGCCCGCGCUGUUUUCCAGAGGAUUUUGCCUUUGGACAACAGCAACACUAGUAGUCGAGGCUCCACCUCAACCGCAUUGGUCAGUGCAGAGAGGUCUCCAGACAAGCAGCCCACCAGCUAUCACACCACCCAGUCCAUCACGCUGAGCCAAGGCAGCAAGGAAGGAGCCAGGUUGUUGGACCGACUGAAGGAUCAGGACUCAGGGCGAGGUCAGCAGGCCAAGGACUCCAAAUGGAGGCCUAUCUCGAGUUAUGAGCCUGCAGUCAGCAGAGGAGGUGCCAAUUCUGCAGUUGUCCACCCAGCAGUGACAAGACAAACACUACGGUCUUCAUUGAACAGAGCCUCCAGCAUGAGUGAAGCAACCAGUCGUACGCCAGUCCCAGCCCAGAAGGCAAACAAUAAAGGGAACUACUCCUACAGUCCACAGAUCAUUACCAAGGCUCAGGAUGAGGAAUCUCCAUCUGACUGGAGGCUGAAACUGAAGCCUGUCCAGAAGCAGCACAGUCUCGGACCCUCAGAUCUCAAGCAAAUUCACAGUUCACUUGUAAACCGGGAUAUAAAGAAGCCAGCAGAAUCUGGCAAUGUAUCGAGCAUCGCCAGCGCACAGAAAACAACACCAAGUCCAAGUACAAGUGCAGCUCGGGAGAACGCUAGCACGCCUGUUGGACAUACUGUAGAGGUGACCUUCUCUCUCCACGUUCCAGGUAAUGUCUCAAUUUCCACAUCACCUGCCUCUCCCAACAAGCAGUCAAGUCCAGAGACUAGGCCCUCUCAGUCAACAUAUCAGAAGAAAGUACUCAAACCAGACCCACAGCUAUUGUCCGGAGUUGGGGAUGCCUUCCAGUCUCCAACCACUGCUGACAAGCACGUCAUCACGGUUACUCCCUCUAAGAAGGAAGGAAGUGGCUCUCAAACUCCAGGGGUCAUCUGUCGACCAACUUUGGAUAAGGUAUCAGAGGAACCUUCAGGCAAGCAGAGCUGGGUUCAAGGCAAAUUAAGUAUGGAGACAGCAAGAGAAGAAUUUUUUAAAGAUGUUUUCAUAGGUGGCAAUGACAAGGAGAACAAUAAUCUGGCAAAACCUGCUGAAUCAUCACAAGAGACUCCACCCAGUUGCCGGAUGUCGGAGCAGGAAAUUCAGAGGGAACUGAAAAGUAUUGGGAAGGAGCUGGACGCUUUAGAACAGAAGGGGGUGGAGCUGGAACCUCAGCUCCGGACCUGCGAAGGAGAUGACCAAGAAGAUGACCUAAUGGUGGAGUGGUUCAAACUGAUCCAUGAGAAGCAGUUGCUGAUGAGAAGGGAGUCUGAACUUGUUUACAUAUCAAAGCAACAGAUUCUGGAGGAUCACCAGCGUGUGAUUGACCAGGAACUGCGAAUGUUAAUGGGUAAAGCAGAGGAACAAAAAACUGACAAAGACCGGGCCCGUGAACGGGAACUGAUGGAAAAGCUGCUGAAAACAGUGGAGGACAGGAAUAACAUCAUCGACAGACUGGAUGAGGAUCGAGUGAGAGAAAUGGAAGAGGACCUCAUGAUGGAAGCUAUGAUCAACAAAAUUGACAUCAACAAGGACAUAGAACCUGAUCUGAAGAAGAAAAGCAAGUUCAGUCUCAUGAAGCUCAUGAAGCGACUCGGUGGCAAGUCAAAGGGGAAGGAGUAGUGUGUUGACCUAGAACAAUAUCUUGAGAAACCUGUUUUGUACUCAUGUUCCACUCUCAGUGCGAACCUCCUGCUGACCAAAUCCAAGAGUCAAACGCAGUACAGAAACAGGUCCUCUGACCUACCAAGUACCCAUUAACCAUCAGUCACCCAUUUGCACAUCCUAUUUUGUUCUCCCCACACUCCCAUCAACUUGACCCUGGAUUCUACCAUUCACCUACACACCAGUGGCCAGUUAACCUACCAACCCACACUGUGUGGAAGGAAACUGGAGAACCUGGAGGAAACCCAUGUGGUCGGAGGGAGAACUUGCAAACUCCACACAGACAGUACAGUAGUCAGGAUUAAAACCAAACCACUGGAACAGUGUUGGGUGAAAUCACAAAGGAGCCUAUCCCACAAGUGGCUAAUGUGGAGUAACUGGACCUCUACACCAUCUAUCUGAUUGUCUCUCUUUGAGACCAUAUCUCAACAUCAUUUUAUUACCCAUGCUGUUCCAAUCCAUUGGAUUGUUAUGGAUGCUGAAGGACAUUGAGAUUGUAAGAUGGAAUAACUCUGCUGCUCAGGAAGUUAAUAGUCCUUCUGUCAUUGGAGGGUAAUUCCAUUAUCUUCCUACCAUUUGUUUCACCUUGAGCCUCAGCUGUAUUCUCAACAGAUCUACCAUUGAGACUCAGAAUGCUUGGCUAAAGGAAACUCUGGUGUGGUUGACCGUUCUCCCCAACCCACAGGAAAUGGCCAGCACUUGUGACUCUAACUGGCUGCCAGUGACUAGUGGUGCUCCGCAGGGAGGGGAGUUGAGAGAGGUAAUAAAUCAUCCACGAUGAAGUGGCGCAGCAGACUUGAUGGGCCAACUGCUCUUAUGGUCUCCCCGAGAUGACAUUGGCCAUUGGGGCAUUUAAAGCAUUUAUCCUGACCUUGGCAUUGAGUGUAGUGUUGCAAGAGCCAUUCACUGCCAUGGAACUGAGCUUGGGAGUGCUGAGGUUGUAGGUCUUGCUUUCAAAUGUUGAUUAGUCCCAUUGAUUCUGUGAUUCUAUUAAAGAGGAGGACCUGGUGUCUGUGUGAACUGUUGUGCACUGAGGCAAAGAGCGUGUGAAAGCUCAAGUGUUGCUUUGUGAUAAUAGGUCUUCAACUCUUCAGACUUUAAUACAGGUAGUGUUGAUGUUUGAUGCUGAGCUUUGCCAGAUUUCCUAUGAGCUACUUCGAGGAUUAUCAUAUCCCUAGGCACCAAUAUAGGAAGCAGGAGAGGACUUUUGAUCCAUUUGAAGUUGAUUUGGUUGGAAUGAGUCAUUGGGUAAAUUGGCUGCUUUGUAUAAAGAGAAUGUUAGUGAUUCUUUUCAGUUAACUUUGUUUUUGAAAUCUUGUAUGAUUUCCUAUAUCUCCUCUUGAUAUAAGACCAUAAGACAAAGGAGUAGAAGUAGGCCAUCUGGCCCAUCGAGUCUGCUCCGUCAUUUUAUCAUGAGCUGAUGCAUUCUCCUAUUUAGUCCCACUCCCUCGCCUUCUCACCAUAACCUUUGAUGCCCUGGCUACUCAGAUACCUAUCAAUCUCUGCCUUAAAUACACCAAAUGACUUGGCUUCCACUGCUGCCCGUGGCAACAAAUUCCAUAGAUUCACCACCCUCUGACUAAAAAAAUUUCUUUGCAUUUCUGUUCUGAAUGGGCGCCCUUCAAUCCUUAAGUCAUGCCCUCUCAUACUAGACUCCCCCAUCAUGGGAAACAACUUUGCCACAUCCACUCUGUCCAUGCCUUUCAACAUUCAAAAUGUUUCUAUGAGGUAUCCCCUCAUUUUUCUAAACUCCAAGGAAUACAGUCUAAGAGCGGACAAACGUCCUCAUAUGUUAACCCUCUCAUUCCCGGAAUCAUUCUAGUGAAUCUUCUCUGUACCCUUUCCAACGUCAGCACAUCCUUUCUUAAAUAAGGAGACCAAAACUGCCCACAGUACUCCAAGUGAGGCCUCACCAGCACCUCAACAUCAAUCCCCGCUCCUAUACUCUAUUCCUCUAGAAAUGAAUGCCAACAUUGCAUUCGCUUUCUUCACUACUGUCUCAACCUGGAGAUUAACUUUAAGGGUAUCCUGUACGAGGACUCCCAAGUCCCGUUGCAUCUCAGAACUUUGAAUUCUUUCCCCAUUUAAAUAAUAGUCUGCCCGUUUAUUUUUUCUGCCAAAGUGCAUAACCAUACACUUUCCAACAUUGUACUUCAUUUGCCACUUCUCUGCCCAUUCUUCCAAUCUAUCCAAGUCUCUCUGCAGACUCUCCGUUUCCUCAGCACUUCCGGCCCCUCCACCUAUCUUCGUAUCAUCAGCAAACUUAGCCACAAAGCCAUCUAUUCCAUAAACCAAAUCGUUGAUGUACAAUGUAAAAAGAAGAGGCCCCAACACUGACCCCUGUGGAACACCACUGGUAACCGGCAGCCAACCAGAAUAGGAUCCCUUUAUUCCCACUCUCUGUUUCCUGCCAAUCAGCCAAUGCUCUAUCCAUGUAUGUGACUUUGUACCACUUGGCAAUGUUGGCUAUAAUUAAGGAAGACUUGAUUCCAAGAUAUUCUAAAAAUGUGUUGUACUUAGCGAAACUUACUGAUAUUUAGUCAAAGUAGUAGUUUGGGAAGUGCAACAGCAAGUUGUGCACAGCAAGAUUCCAAAAUGUUUUGUAGGAGUAAGCAGAUCCAUGUCUUUUAGUAAUGUUAGUUGAUUGAUAAAUAUUGGUCAGGACACCAGGGAGAAUUGUCCUGUUCUUCUCUGAGAUGUUGCUGUGGGAGUUUACAUAUUACCCUGAGAGGACAGAUGUGACUAACUUUGUUCCAAUUUCUCAUCUGCAAGUUGGAAACUGGCUGCAGUAGAGUGUAUAGCAACAAAAACCAUAUGGUUUUGCAAGUAUUCUGCGGUAUCAAUAAAAACGGCAACAUCUUCACCAAAGGGUGAGGAUUUAGAUGGAAAACUAAAGAAAGGAGAGAAGUGACACACACGAAAUGUGGAGGAACUCAACAGGUCAGGCAGCAUCUAUAGAAAAGUGUACAGUAGACAUUUCAGGCCGAGACCCUUCAGCAGGACUGGAGAGAAAAAAAGAUGAAAGAGAGAGAAGGAAGGGUUUCAAGAAGUGAUCCAAAAGUUUUGGGGCCAGAUAGUUGAAGCCGCAACUGCCAUUGGUUGGGUGAAGGAAAUCAAGGGGUGAGCACACAGAUUGAGGGAGGAUCAGUAUUAUUACAGGAUGUUGCAAGGGUGCAGAAGAUUUCAGAGGUCUUGCAUUUGAGGGAUUUAAGUAUGCUAUAUUUUUGAGAUGCCCUGCAUUAAAUGGCACAUGUUGAUGAGAAGAAAUCAGGAUAUUGGAGACAAACGUUAAUUGGAUGCAGCAAGCUCUCUGGACGUCUAUGACGAUGAAAGUGGUGUGACAGUGUGAGUGUUAUGGUGUAAGGAAGAGCCUAAUAGAAUUAAAUAGCUUUGGAGGCUGGGGUUUGUCGUUGAGGUCACUUGGUUCUCACCUCUGAGGGAGUAAUAAGGCUACAGUGUGGAGGUGUCAGUAUUGUUACUCUAUCAAUGGAUUAAUUACUGAGGAAAAAGAUACUCUUUUAUGAAUGUACAUUACUGCAGAUAAAUCUAAUUUCAAAAUGUGAGAUAAUUUUUAAAAGUUUUUGAAAAGGUACUUUGACAAAUAAAUAUUUUUGACAUUUUUUAAAUCAUUUGCUUUUAACAAUUAACUGCAGUGCCUUACACUUACUUGUCGAUCCAAUGUACAUAUACAGUGUCUAUAAAAAGUAUUCACUGCCCCCCCUUGGAAGUUUUCAUGUUUCAUUGUUUUACAACAUUGAAUCAUGGUGGUUUUAAUUUGGCUUUUUUUGACAGUGAUCAACAGAAAGACUUUUUUUUGUGUCAAAGUGAAACAGAACUCUACAAAGUGAUCUGAAUUAAUUACAACAAUAAAACACAAAAUAAUUGAUUGCAUAAGUAUUAACACCCCCCCUUUAAUAUGAUACACCAAAUCAUCGCAAGUGCAGCCAACUGGUUUUAGCAGUCACAUAAUUAAUUAAAUGGAGAUCGCUAGUGUACAGUCAAGGUGCUUCAAUUGAUUGUAGUAGAAUUACACUUGUAGCUGGAAGGUCCAACUGUUGGUGAGUCAGUAUCCUGGCAAAAACUACACCAUGAAAACAAAAGAACACUCCAAGCAACUUUGUGAAAAGGUUAUUGAAAAGAACAAGUCAGGAGAUGGAUACAAGAGAAUUUUUUAAGUCACUGAAUAUCCCUUGGAGUAUAGUUAAGUCAAUCAUCAAGAAAUGGAAAGAAUAUGACACAGCUGUAAAUAUGUCUAGAGCAGGUCGUCCUCAAAAACUGAGUGAUCGUGUCAAAAGGGGGCAUGUGAGGGAAGCCACCAACAGACCUAUAACAACUCUAGAGGAGUUACUAACUUCAGUGGCUGAGAUGGGAGAGACUGCACAUACAACUGUUGCCUGGGUACUUCACCAGUCACAGUUUUAUAGAAGAGUGGCAAAGAGAAAGCCACUGUUGAAAAAAAUCACAUGAAAUCUCAGCCAGAAGGCAUGUUGGAGACUCUGAAGUCAGCUGGAAGAAGGUUCUCUGGCUGAAAAUUGAGCUUUUUGCCCAUCAGACUAAAUGCACCAUCAAAAACACACCAUCCAUCCCGUGAAGCAUUGUGGUGGCUGCAUCAUGCUGUGGGGAUGCUUCACUGCAACAGGCCCUGAAAGGCUUGUGAAGGUAGAGGGUAAAAUGAAUGCGGCAAAAUACGGGGAAAUCUUGGAGGAAAACCUGUUGCAGUCUGCAAGAGAACUACGACUAGGGAGAAGAUUUGUUUUCCAGGAAUUCAAUGACCCCAAGCAUAAAGCCAAAGCUACACAGGAAUGGCUUAAAAACAACAAAGUUAAUGUCCUGGAGUGGCCAAGUGAGCCCAGACCUUGAUCUAAUUGAGAAUUUAUGGCUGGAUUUGAGAAGGGCUGUUCAUUCAUGAUCCCCAUGCAAUCUGACAGAGCUUGAGCAGUUUUGUAAAGAAGAAUGGGGGAGAAUUAUAGUAUCCAGGUGUGUAAAGGUAAUAAAGACCUACUCACACAAACUUGGCUGUAAUUGCUGCCAAAGGUGCAUCUACUAAAUACUGACUUGAAGGGGGUGAGUAAUUAUCAAUUAUUUUUUGUU